AGUACCAACAGCACCCACGUGUUAGCCCUAAAGCCCUUGCUCGUGUUGUUUUUAUGAAUUUUUGUCUAUCGAGAAUUUUAUCACCUUUUAAAAGAGGCUCUUCUUCAAAACUACUGAUAUCAGCAGCUGUAAGACCAAUGGCAACUUUUACAACUGAAGAAAGAGGAAAGGGAAGACCGUAUUCUCUUGAAUCUAGGAUAUUCUUCAAGAGAGGUGAUACUUAUGUAUCUCCGUUUCACGAUAUCCCACUCUACGCCUCCAGUGAUAACAGUGUACUCAACAUGAUUGUUGAGAUACCCAGGUGGACCAAUGCAAAAAUGGAGAUAUCAACAUCAGAGCCGUUAAAUCCGAUCAAGCAGGACGUUAAAAAAGGAAAAUUACGUUUCGUUGAUAACUGCUUCCCGUACCACGGAUACAUAUGGAACUAUGGGGCCUUUCCACAAACGUGGGAAUAUCCAGGCCAUGUUGAUCCAAACACUGGUUGUAAAGGUGAUAACGAUCCUCUGGAUGUGUGUGAGAUUGGUAGUCGAGUUGCUAAAAGAGGAGAAGUAGUACAAGUAAAGGUUUUAGGGACUAUUGCGCUAAUUGAUGAAGGCGAAACUGAUUGGAAGAUUAUUGCAAUUGAUGUGAACGACAAGAUGGCUGCCUCUCUUAAUGAUAUUGGAGAUGUAGAGACUCACAUGCCUGGACUAUUGCAGCACACUGUGAAUUGGUUCAAAAUAUACAAAAUGCCGACUGGAAAACCUCCGAAUCAAUUCGCAUUUAAUGCCCAACCAAAAGAUAAAGCAUUUGCUCAUAAUGUUAUCAGUACUACAAACCAGCAAUGGAGGUCUGCUAUUGAUGGAAACACUGAUAAAGGAUCUCUGUGUUUGAGUAAUAUAACUCUAUCCAGUAGUGAUACUAUCAGUAACGAAGCAGCUGCUGGUAUUGUGAAUGGCAUCCCUGUAGAGAGCACUCAUUCUCAAGACAGACCUGAUACUGUUGAUCUUCAACACUAUGUUAAAAUUUGAUGAGAAUUCUCUCAAGAACAUGGUGGCGGCAUUGUGUGACUAUUCAUAAUUUUUCUAAUUAUUAUUAAAUUGUUUGUUUUAUUGAAGAACUUGUACACUACAGACAGCUCCUAAACCAGCUGUUUAUAGCAGACAGGCAUUAAAAAUAGUUUUCUAUUAACAUGGA